CUGUGGUCAGUUGUAGAGUUCCGCUCUUGGAGAAGCUUUCCGGCGCGGUACAAUUCCAGCCUAUUUCAUCAAUCUGCACGCCGAGCUAACGAGUGUAAACAUCAGCGUUUCAACCCAAUACAAUUUCUAAUCCCUCGUAUACGUUCGUUUUAAUACUACCAAAUAAAAAAUACCACCAUACCCCGUCACUCACUAUCAAGGGCGGCAUCAAAGAUACGUCAAUCAUAAUUUAGUUUAUCCGAUAGAUGUGCGAAGAAAAAUAAUUCUUUAUUCCUGACUGAGUGAGAGUCAGUGGUGGACGCAAAACGAAUAGUGACUCAGCGGGUUAUUCUUAACAGGAAAUUUCAUUCAAAGUGCAAAUUGUGGUGUGUGAGAUAAUCAUCCAUUUAUUUUUGGUGAAUAUUUUAAUCCACUAUCAUGUUAGGUUGUGUCAGUGAUGUGCUAUGCAACAGGCAUUGUUUGUGGAUAAUUGUGAUAAUAAACGUACACCUCGUAAUCGGAAAAAGUAUAAGUGAAUCUUGUUGGCAUGAGAAUGGCGAAGUUGUCCAGUGCAGAUGUACAGGGAAUGAGCAAUUAACCCUGCCUGAAACCUUCAAUUACAAAUACCUGACAAAAUUGGCGAUCUCAUCCUGCCUUUCAGUGAAUUUGCAAUUUGACAGUCUCCAGCACGCAGAGAACAUUCGCGAUCUAAUAGUGGAGAAUAUCACCGGAAGUUUGUUACUCCACCCUAUGCUGAUAUCGAGGUACAUGAGGACUUUUGUGAUAAGGAACGUCGGUCAAAUACCAGAGAUCACUCAUGAAAUGUUAACGAGUAUCAUGAGCAUCGAGGAGUUUAUAAUUGAGGACACAAGGAUUAGAAUUUUCGACGAGACCUUCCAAGGCAUCAACGUAACAAAUUUAAUUUUUAAAAAUGUCACGGUAGAUGCAUCAAUGGGAAUUAAUAUCUUAGCCAAUGCUAAAUCAUUGAAGAUCAUUGACACCGUAAUACGAAAUGUCACUGGUAACUUCAACAUUGGGAGUUUUGAAUCGAUUGAACUUGUUAAUUCCAUGUUUGAGUUCCGGAAACCGGGGGAAAUGUCGCUCCAUGGAUUCAAAGCAAUAAUUAAUAAUUGUACUUUUUACAAUAUAACAGUUAAUGUUGUGACUCAGACGAAAAUUGAGAUGAAAAAUAAUUGCGCAGAUGGAAAGAGUUUGCUGAGACUUGAUUCUAAAGUUAUUAAGAGUAUUGGAAAUAAAUCUCCCAAUGAGAUAAAUUUACCCAAAAACACUACAGCAGAUAUACAGACUCACAAUAACACUGUAUGCAUCGCUGCCAAUUGCAAAUGUCCGAGACAUUUUUAUCGCAAUUGUCAGACUAUUAUGAAUAUCAAUAUCUCCCUCGGUAUUAUUCUGAUGUUUAUCUCUUAUCUCUUGUAAGACGAUUGGAUUAUUUCUAUAAAAAGUAGCCAUACUUAUUUGCGCGAAUAAAUUAUCAACUUGCUUGUCAGUGAA